AUUAUAGUAUAAAUUACUAAUCAUAUUAUUUGGGAUCAGUUAACUAGCGGCCGACCAAUCAAUCAGUUUAAGGAAAAUAUGUCAAACACCGAAGUGGACAAUGAGUUAUAUCCAGAAAUGGAUUAUCUGAUGAAUUCAGCCGAAAGUGAUGUCCAGUUUCUGAUCGAUGGCCAAUCGGUUCCGGCCCUGAAAACGGUAUUGUGUCUCAAAAGUAAUGUGUUUCGGGCCAUGUUUUCGGGUCAAUGGCGUGAAUCGGUGGACAACACAGUUGAGAUCCGCGACACUACUCCCGAAGCGUUCAAAUUAAUGAUCAGAUUUAUAUAUACCGAGCAAUUGAUUCUCAACGACGACAAUCAAGAUAUGGAUCACAUCCGCGAUGUACUAAAACUCGCCGAUAAGUAUCAAUUGAAACGAUUGAUCAAAAGUGUUGGCCAACACUUGAUGUCAAUGAUAUCGAUGGAUAGGAUUGAAGUGAUCGGCCGAUUGGCUAUUGACUAUCAAUUGGAUGAAUUGAUGGCCAAACUUAAGAUAUUCAUUGAGGAUAACAUCAGUGAACUGAUGGCUAAACCGCAGUCCCAGUUGAAUACCAUUAACAAUGCCUUAAAUAAUCUAUUGUUUGAAAGUUUUAGACUAUAUUUGAUUAAAAUUAAUGAUUUUUUUAAUACUCAAGCAUUGUAUGAUAAAGAUGGCAAUUAUAGUAGAUAUAAAAUCGGUGACUAUACCUGUACUUAUAAAAACUGUACUCCCGGUGCCGUUAAACCUAUUGAUAUACAUAAAUUGCCCAAAUCUCUGGUUGACAGUAAUGGUGAGUAUUAUAGAUACCGAAUCAAUGGUGAUAUCUAUAGCUAUAGUGAUUGCAAUUAUGGAGAAAUCAAAGACAUCGAUAUCAGUAAAUUAUAA